AUGUCAACCCAGAUCACCAUUGUACCGUCCCUGGAGACGGCCCACGAGGUGGUCGCCCAGUCCAAAAACUCCUCAUACCCUCCCAAUCUCCUCCCUCUAACCGCAUCCAUCCCCGCCGAUCUUCUGACACCCACGUUGGCCUAUUUGAAAAUCGCCGAGAAGUCCAAAUUAUCGUUUCUGUACGAGAGUGCGGCGACGACGGAGACAAUUGGGAGAUAUAGUUUUGUUGGUGCUGAUCCUCAUCAUGUGCUGAAAACCGGCCCCGGUCAUGGCCCUGAGUGCGAUCCGCUUCCGCUGCUGGAGAAGGAAAUAGGCAAACAUCGGGUUGCAACCGUGCCCGGCCUGGUCCUACCACCUCUGACAGGUGGUGCCAUCGGAUAUGUCGGUUACGAUUGCGUGCGAUACUUUGAACCCAAGACGGCCCGGCCCAUGAAGGAUGUGCUCCAGAUCCCCGAAUCUCUGUUCAUGCUGUUCAACACCAUCAUCGCCUUCGACCACUUCUUCCAGGUCGUCAAGAUCAUCACCUACAUCCCUAUCCCGGCGACAGACGCGGAGCUCCAGGCGGAAUACCAGAAGGGUGAGGAGGUCAUCCGACAGACCAUUGCACAGCUGCUUCGACCGGAGUACGCCCUCCCGCCGCAAGGUCCGAUCAAGAGGGACCAGGAGUACACUUCCAACAUUGGUCGCGAGGGCUACGAGCGCCAUGUGACGCGGCUGAAGGAACACAUCGGAAAGGGAGAUAUUUUCCAGACGGUGCCGUCGCAGCGUCUGUCGCGCCCGACGUCGCUGCACCCAUUCAACCUCUUCCGCCACCUGCGCACCGUCAACCCGUCCCCGUACCUCUUCUACAUCGACUGCGAAGACUUCCAGCUGGUGGGCGCCAGUCCGGAGCUGCUGGCCAAGGAGGAGAAGGGCCGGAUCAUCACGCAUCCGAUCGCCGGUACUGUCAAGCGUGGCAAGUCUCCCGAGGAGGACGAAGCGCUGGCGGAGGAGCUUCGCGGCAGUCUCAAGGACCGCGCCGAACAUGUCAUGCUGGUGGACCUGGCGCGCAACGAUGUCAAUCGGGUGUGCGAUCCCCUCACGACGCAGGUCGACCGGCUCAUGGUAGUGGAAAAGUUCUCGCACGUCCAGCAUCUGGUGUCCCAGGUGUCGGGAAUCCUGCGGCCGGACAAGACGCGGUUCGACGCUUUCCGGUCGAUCUUUCCCGCUGGAACGGUGUCGGGUGCGCCCAAGGUGCGAGCCAUGCAGCUGAUCGCCGAGCUGGAGGGCGAGAAGCGUGGCGUGUAUGCUGGCGCGGUUGGUUACUUUGGGUACAACAUCGCCAGCGCCGAUGGAAAGAUCGAGUACCCGGGCGCCAUGGACACGUGCAUUGCACUGCGAACCAUGCUGGUCAAGGAUGGGGUGGCGUAUCUCCAGGCGGGCGGUGGCAUUGUGUUCGACUCGGACCCGUACGAUGAGUACGUGGAGACGUUGAACAAGCUGGGCGCCAACAUUGCCUGCAUCAAGGGGGCGGAAGCGAAGUAUCUGAGCAUGGAGGGAAAAUAA